AUGAAAAUGAUAUCAUACGUGCUGUACCUUUUAUUUAAGUAUACUGCGCCAACUCAUGCCGCAGGCACUGCGCCCAAUAUCCCAUUCCUGCUCGAUGGGUUUGUUGGCGUUUGCAGCGUAUCACAAGCGCUCACCAUGACCUUCGACAAGCCCGCGCAGCAACAGAAACGACCAAAUCUCAACCUCGCCACUGAGCGCGAAUUCUACAGAUAUCUCCCGCGCGACCACGCAGCGUACCAAUUUGCACCGGGCGACGAGGCCGCACAGCGCAACUUCGUCGCUAUCCCGUCCACUGACCAUGUCCUGACUUCCUUUGCGCAGCUGGGCGCGGUGAAACUCCGUGCUGAGCGAGCGCUUAUUUCCCUGUUUGGGCCGACGCAUCAGUAUAUUCUUGCUGAGGCGACGGAUGCCGGAGCAGCAGCAGCAGGGUGUGGUGGACAGAGUGAUUUGCGAUUGGGUUGCUGUAUUAUGUCUAGAGAGAAUGGCGUGUGCAUGGAUAUCGCGAACCUGCCACUGGCCAAUCCAUCGGAGAAUGAGAAUCCGGCGAUUGUCGCGGGUGGAAGUGCGCUGGUCAUGACGGGUUUACACAAUACAGAGGAGGAAGGGGGGAAAUACAGUCUUGUGAAUGGGCUUCUAAAGGCAGACCUCUGCGCUGGCGUGCCUAUCAUCGGACCCAGAGGCAAUACAAUUGGGUCUUACUGUAUCUUCGACACCACGCCGCGAGAACCCGUUGAUGAAGGUGAUAUACUCUUCAUGAAACACAUGGCGGUGACGGUCAUGGAGUACCUUGACACGCUGCAGUUGCGAUAUCAGAAUGCGCAGGCUAGGAAGAUGAUUUUCGGCCUGGGCAGCUUUGUGGAGGGGAGGACGACCCUGCGUGAUUCAUGGGUUGAAUCCAAUCAGCAGGAUGCUGUAACUGUGAAGUCGGGCACGACUGUUGAAGGACAGUUGAAUAAACAGCAGCAGGAUUUGCAGGAGAGGUCGUUCCAGCUGCCGCUGAGACCGCGGCCUCCGGAUGAGUAUGCGCGACAUCCAUUCGAGGCAGCUGAGAAGGCGUCUGCGGAUUCAGACUCUGAUACCAAGUCUCCUGAUGGUCGGCAAAACGACAAGAAGGAGACAGGUAAGGAGGACAAGCAGAAAGCCCGAAAUAUCCUCUCCCGAGACGAAGUGCAAGACGACAACCCGCGACUCGCCUUUGAAAAGGUAUUCGCUCGCGCUGCAAACCUAAUCCGCGAGUCUAUCGAGGUUGAAGGUGUCGUCUUUGUCGACGCGCGGAUCGAGUCCUUUGGCGGUCUCGUUGGAUACGAGCACCGAGGAGGACGUGCACCCCGGCCAGGAGGCGAGACAGCGAGCAGCGAAGACAGCACCGACUCAGCAAGCACAGGCAGUAUAUCGAGUGUCUCCGGAUUCCCUGCUGCCAAUCCCCAAGAGGACCUCACCACCUGCCGGAUCCUAGGCUCUUCGGCUUCGCAUUCGUCUUCGAUCAAUACUGACGCCAAGUCCGACGUGAAGCCAGGCGAUCAAUAUGCAGUCCGCGAGUCAAUCCUGAAAGCCAUCCUGAACCGCUAUCCCCACGGGAAAAUCUUCAACUACAACCAGCACGGCUCGUUAUCUGACGACAGCGGCAGCGGGGGUGUCUCUGCGUCGAGCAGUUCCACAAGCGCAUCUGGAUCCAAGUACAAGAGGAGACAACGGCAGAACCACAGACAAGACGCCAACGACCUGAACAGGGUCCUCGGCGGCGCUCGCAGUAUCAUCUUCCUGCCGCUGUGGGAUUCUCACAAGGCGAGAUGGCUGGCGGGCUUACUGGCCUGGACAAACACGCCAGAGCGCGUCUUCUCGACCGAGAACGAACUUGCAUACCUCCACGCAUUUGGAAAUAGCAUCAUGGCCGAAGUGCACAGACUUGAUGUUGAAAUGGCCGAACGGGCAAAGAAGAACCUGGCUACGAGCAUCUCGCACGAACUGAGGAGUCCCCUGCAUGGAAUCUUAGGGACGUCUGAUAUUCUAAGCGACACGGCCAUGAACGCCCUGCAGCAGGGAAUGGUCCAUACGAUUGAGUCGUGUGGACGGACGCUCCUCGACACUAUCAACCAUCUGCUGGACUUUACAUACAUCGACAAGUUCUCAAAGGAGCAUAAGCCAAAGCAUAAACAUGCUCGCAAUCCGAAGCCUAGCGCGUCUGGACCGGAGCAAGCGGCGUUUGACCGAAAUAUGCUCGGCAGUAGCAAAAGCGUCUACGAGGAUAUCCAGCUAGAUGUGAUUCUUGAGGAGGUCGUCGAGAGUGUCUUCGCUGGCCAUAGCUUCUACCACCAGCAUCGGCUACCAGAUCGGCCGUCGAGCAGCGGAGAAGAUUCGACGAUUGUGCUUCCAUCGAAACAGACGGCAAUUAUCUUCGAUAUCCAAGAAGCUGCGGAAUGGACUUUCUCCACGCAGGCUGGUUGCUGGCGCCGCAUCCUGAUGAACGUCUUCAGCAACGCUCUGAAAUACACCCCCGAAGGCUACAUCUAUAUGGCUCUAAAGGUCGAAUCACCUCGCCGGGGAAGCGAAGACUCUAUCGGAUAUGACCAAAACACCCAGUAUAAUGUGACCCUGACUGUAAAAGAUACCGGCCAGGGCAUUGGGACAGAGUUCCUGCGCAGCGACCUAUUCACCCCCUUCUCACAGGAAGAUACCCUCUCCCCAGGCAGCGGACUCGGGUUAAGCAUCGUCCGUAAAGCCCUCGCCUUCCUUAACGGCUCUAUCGACGUUACUUCAGAGAAAGACAAAGGCACCGAGGUGACCAUCCAAGUCCCUCUAACUCUUGCCGGUGUGCCUGAGGGAUCUGAUAGAUCCUCAGCUACAGCAAACAAUCUAGUCCGAACCCAAGCACGCGGCAAAACCAUCGGUCUUAUAGGCUUCGGCCUAGAACCAGGCUCCGAACGAGAUGCUAUCCUCUGCGACUCUCUCAAACGUCUGUGUCAGGACUGGUUCCAUCUCAACGUUAGAAUGGUAUCGCCCCAGAUCGAGACUCCGCCGUGCGACUUUUACCUCAUGGUCCACACGGACCUCGACGCCUUGGAUAUUCAAGGAAACCAACACCUUCUCAACCUCGAUCCACCGGAUAAAAUCUCCCCCCUAAUCGUAAUCUGCCAAUCCCCCGAAGCCGCGCACCACAUGUUUGCGCGGACAACCAGCACAAACCGGCGUCGAGAUUCUAUAAUUGAGUUCAUAAGCCAGCCAUGCGGUCCAAGGAAGCUCGCAAAGACGCUGCAGCUGUGCAUGCAGCGGUUAGAAGGGCUGGAGACGGGCUCGUUCAAGCCCGAGGAGACGAGGUGGGUUGAAAUGCCCGAGUCUUCCCUUCUGAAUCUGGAUAUUGGACCGAGAGAUGCGCCGGGGGAUCGGAUGAAGAUUAGCAAGAGACAUACUUUGCAACAUGUCGGGAAUCAGGAUAGUUAUACGUCUGGGGAGACUCGGCCUGGGAUUGUUCGGUGGGAUACGUCUUCUUCGACGAGGGCUGAUACGCCGGGAUCGGAGACGGGUCCGGUGCCUGAAGAGGUUUAUGGUGUAGAUGGAGGUGAAGGGAUAGGACGUGACCGUCUGUCCGUGUUACUUGUCGAGGACAAUCCUGUUAAUCUCCAGAUCCUCAUAGCGUAUGUCGGCAAAGAAGGCUGGACGACUGAGACGGCGACGAACGGGCUGGAGGCAGUGGAGAAAUACGAGGCGAACCCUGGAAAGUUCGCAAUGAUUCUAAUAGACAUCUCCAUGCCGGUCAUGAACGGCUUCGAAGCCAGCCGCAGGAUCAGGCAGUUCGAGCGCGAAUACUACGACGCGAACCCCUCCGCAAGGCCGUCCUGGCACCCGACUAUCAUCACUGCCUUGACGGGACUGGAUAGUGCAGAUGCCCAGCAGGAGGCCUUUGCGUCUGGGAUCGAUAUCUUUCUGACGAAGCCAAUUAGUCGCAAGAGAAUACGGUCGUUGUUGGCCAGGUGUGGGGUUACUUGA